CGUCUUUCUAAUCGCAGCAUUCAAGGGAGAAAGAUAUAAUAUUAUAAUACGAUACAUAAAAUACGAUAAAUUAAAUUUAAUAUUUUUAGGAAUAACUGAAAAAUCCAUACUAGGUAUCUUUCGUGUGUUCUUAUAUCCAAUAAAUAAUUAAUAAUGGACUCGUUUGGAGAUUUUGAGGAUUCUGAAAUUGAGCAUCAUUUAAGCCUUUAUACAGCCUUAAAUAAUAGAAUUUCGUCUGUGACUGAAAUCGCCAGAAAUUGGACAGAGUUGUACCUCAAAGACAAGUACAAGGCAUUGGCUGAUCUGAUACAACUUUUUGAAAAUGCCAGUGCUUUCAACGGUGUUCAAGUGACCCCAGAAAUGGUAAAAACACUUGAGCAUUAUGCGCUGACAAACAUAAUAGAAGGAAAUUUUGUGGAGAAAGAUGAAGAAUUUAUUACAUUGAUUACUAAAAAUAAAAAACACAGAUUUAAAAUUGACUUUUGUCUGUUCCUUAUAAAAAUGAUACAACUGGGUGAAGAAAAAAUGAUUUAUGAUGGUUUCCUUAUAAAAAAUCUGACGUCAAUUUUGAAGCAUUUAUCAAGAUUGAGUCAAAAACAUUUACGAUAUACAGCAACAUUGGCAGAUUUUCUUAUAAAAAUGAUACAACUGGGUGAAGAAAAAAUGAUUUAUGAUGGUUUCCUUAUAAAAAAUCUGACGUCAAUUUUGAAGCAUUUAUCAAGAUUGAGUCAAAAACAUUUACGAUAUACAGCAACAUUGGCAGGCCUAACUAUUACGACAGCAUUAGCAGACAUUGUGGAAACAAUGAAUUUGGAAAUUAAUCGCUUAUCAAGACGAAUUGAGAAUUUAAGUAGGAGGAAUCAAAGUCAUUUGGAAUCCUUGCAUGAAAAAAAUACAGAAUUAAUUGACAAGCAAGCAGAACUGGAAAUGAUGAGAUUACGUACCACAGAUACGCAGUAUCUGUGUAUACGAAUUGGGCCGCUGGAUGGAAACACAUCCAAGGCAAUUUUUAAAUGA